AUGGCGGAAGAUACAGAUCAAAACAACUGGCAAGUCGAUAUGGAAGUGAAUUUGUUCCACGCGAUGCGUGGCCACAAACCCGUGGGUGUGAACCGCUUUUUCCAGAUGGUCUUCAUCCAUGAAAAGCUGAAUAGCUCCCUCAGCAAAAAGAUAGCGUCUCAGCAGAUAUGGACACAGCUAACAAAAAUGUAUGACCUGCAAGCAUUGAAUGAGUCUGAGAUUAUUCCAUUCCCCAACAAAAAAACAGAUUUUAGUUUACCAGAAGGAGACUUUGGUGACCUGAUGUCGAAAGAUUAUCCACGGAUGUCAAAGAAUGCACUAGGCCCUGCGACAGACAGUGCAAAACAAGAAUUAGCCCCACCUACUCCGAAACAGGGUGGAAAAGGAGGGAAUCAGUCCGGCUCAGCAAGCACACUAGGGGCUGGAUCUUUGAACACUAAUACCCCAGAGGCUUCACCCAAACGAAAGCGAACAAGAAACACCCAGUCCACUCCAUCAUCCGCCAACUCCACUCCAGACGCACCGCCCACAAAGAGGAGAAGAUGACACCACAGUUUUGUUGGGGACUGAGUUUUAAUGGGUUCAACAGCCUUGUACAAA